UGGCCAACGCCGCUGACAGGCAGUCGCAGGCGCGGCCGGUCGGGCAGAAGUUUCCCCUUUCCGUAGGCGCGGCCGAGUCGCCGAGGCCGAGGCCGAAAACUCCCCGUCCGAUCGGGCCAAAAGCAGAGACGAGUCCUGCUCGCUCCCAAACGGCCGUUUUCCCCUUCCGCGCAUCGCCACAAAUAUCCCUCCUCCUCCCGCUGCUGCCCCUCCUCCUCGGCGUGGUCGCUCGCGGGCGGAGAUCCGGGAGGGGAGAUGGCCAAGAACGCAGGAGGGGUGCUGCUGCCGGUGUCCGCCGAGCCGGGGAAGGGCGACGGCGAGGCCGCGCUCUUCAAGGGCUCCGCCAUGACCCGCCGCGGCGCCGUCGCCGCGCUCUCCUACAUGUCCUGCUCCGUUUUGCUGGUGAUGUUUAACAAGGCGGCUCUAUCUUCAUAUAAAUUCCCUUGCGCGAAUGUCAUUACACUCCUUCAGAUGGUGUGCUCAACGUGCCUUCUCUAUGUUCUGAGACGGUUAAAGAUCAUUUCUUUCACAAAUAGUGAACCGUCAGUACCCUCUGAUUCACUAUUCUUUGUGCCGUUCAGAAUACUGCUGCGCACUUCACCGCUUUCGCUGUCUUAUUUGCUCUAUAUGCUAGCUUCAAUGGAAUCUGUGCGUGGAGUAAAUGUUCCUAUGUAUACAACUCUAAGGCGCACAACAGUAGCAUUUACAAUGACAAUGGAGUAUUUCUUGGCAAAGCAGAAACACACCCCACCUAUAAUUGGCAGUGUGGCUUUGAUUGUAUUCGGAGCAUUUAUUGCUGGGGCUCGAGAUUUAUCAUUUGAUGCUCGUGGGUAUGCCAUUGUCUUCGUCGCCAAUAUAACUACAGCUGUUUAUCUUGCAACUAUAAAUCGUAUUGGCAAAUCUAGCGGGCUGAAUAGCUUUGGCCUGAUGUGGUGCAAUGGACUUGUUUGUGGACCUGCAGUACUGUUGUUGACAUAUAUUCAGGGCGACCUCAAGAAAACUAUUGAAUUUCCUUACCUUUAUUCCCCUGGCUUUCAGGUGGUGCUGCUAUUUUCAUGUACACUAGCAUUUCUAUUGAACUACACCAUCUUCUGGAAUACAAUCCUGAAUUCUGCACUUACACAGUCAAUGUGUGGCAAUUUGAAGGAUUUCUUCACUGUUGGACUUGGCUGGGUACUCUUCGGUGGGCUUCCUUUUGAUCUGCUUAAUGUCAUCGGCCAAGGGCUUGGCUUCGUUGGCUCAGGCAUGUAUGCCUACUGCAAGAUCAAAGGAAAAUAGAUAUUGAUCUUUAAGGGACCAAAUGAAAGUAGAUAUUGAUAUGGGCAGUAUGGCUUAACCAAAGUAGCGUUCAUCAUGCUGUUUGCUCCUGCAUAUGGGAGAGAAAAUUUUGUAGGUUUUCCUGGGUGUACAUUUAUAAACUCCAAUUCUCCUGGGUAGAACAUGAAUGAACUGCCAUUGUUUGGCCAUGGAAAUAUAGAAUACAACAAGAUUUCAGCA